AUGGGGUGUGCUCAAGCAAAACCUUCAAUGCAUUCGCCCCCUCGGGGAUUAGAGCAGUUGAAGUUGGAGAGUGGAUAUGUUGCUAGAGAUGAUCAACAUGUUAGACCAAGAAGGUCCACUGGACAGAGGCCUCAUGAGCAAAGAGAGAAGAAUAAUGCUAGGAGAUUGAGUUAUGAUCAUGCUUAUAGAGAUAUUAUCCAUGAAAGGAAUUUGGCGACGACUAGGAAAAGUACAAAGACAGCAAUUCAUGAAGAAGAGUUAAUAGAUGGAUGGCCAAAAUGGUUGGUUGAUAAUAUUCCAAGAGAAGCUUUGGCUGGUUUAGUCCCAAAAAGUGCUGAUUCUUAUGACAAAAUUGACAAGGUAGGUUCAGGGACAUAUAGCAAUGUGUAUAGAGCGCGAGAUAGGGAUACAGGGAAGAUUGUUGCCUUAAAGAAAGUUCGUUUUGAUACAUCAGAACCGGAGAGUAUAAAGUUCAUGGCUCGAGAGAUUAUGAUCUUGCAGAAAUUAGACCAUCCUAAUAUCAUAAAGCUUGAAGGACUGGCUACCUCCAGAAUGCAAUAUAGUCUUUAUAUAGUUUUCGAAUACAUGCAGUCUGAUCUUACUAGCAUAAUAUCUCGGCCUGAUAUGAGACUUAGUGAAGCACAGAUAAAAUGUUACAUGCAGCAGCUGCUUGAAGGGCUGCAGCAUUGCCACGAGAGGGGUAUUUUGCACCGAGACAUUAAAGGAUCUAAUUUGUUGAUUGACAAAAAUGGGAUGCUAAAAAUUGCAGAUUUUGGACUUGCAAACUACUUCAAUCCUGAAAAAAAGCGUUCUCUUACUAGUCGAGUUGUCACACUUUGGUACAGAGCUCCGGAACUACUACUAGGUGCUACAGAUUAUGGAAUAGGUAUCGAUCUUUGGAGUGCUGGCUGCCUCAUGGCUGAAAUGUUUGCAGGCAGACCUAUUCUACCUGGUCGCACCGAGGUGGAGCAGCUGCACAAGAUAUUCAAGCUUUGUGGUACACCUACUGAGGAUUACUGGAGGAAAACAAAACUUUCAACUACCUUCAGACCACCAUAUACCUAUAGGUCAAAUAAGAAGGAAGCUUUCAGGCACUUUCCUGUAUCUUCGUGGAGGCUUCUAAACGUUCUUCUUGCGUUAGAUCCUGCAAAUCGUGGUUCUGCAAGUUCAGCUGUCCAAGAUGAGUUCUUUCGUACGAGCCCCUUGGCAUGUGAACUCUCGGAGCUGCCUGUAGUGCAUAAGGAGGAUCCUGAGACAGUGUUAGUGCUUGAGAGGAGAAGGCACAAGAUUCAACAACGCUCUCAAUCACAAAAGGAACGCAAAAAGAAAAUAAUAGAAGCGGAAGAAACAAAACCAGAUAAUGCUGGCUCUUACAAGGAGCCAAAAAAGAGUAGAGUUACAACGGUCUUUACCUUACUAGAGCCAGGAAGCACUACUACUACUACAACAAGCACAUCCUCAAGCACUUCAAAGCCAACUGAGAAAGAAAUCGAGACUCCACAGAGUUCUCCAAGAAGUACUGAAUCUGAUCCCAAUGCCACUAGGAACAUCAACAAUAGACCUCCUUUGCCAAAUGCUAGAAGAAGCAGAGCUAACAACAGCAAGAAGGAUGCGAUGAACAGAUUGAGUCGCGUCCAAAGGUCUCAAUCCACCAAAGAUUUCCGAGAUCUUGAUCAUAAAAAAUUCCAUAAGCUUCGUGACGUUGUUGAAUAA